GAACUCAAGCCUCAGAGCCAUUACAACCAUGGAUAUAGUGAAUCUCUUGGGCGGAAAAGCCACAUUGAUGAUUAUAGCACUUGGGACAUUGUCAAAGCCACACAGUAUGGAAUAUAUGAACGAUGUAGAGAGUUGGUAGAAGCAGGUUAUGAUGUACGGCAACCAGACAAAGAAAAUGUAACACUUCUCCACUGGGCUGCAAUCAACAACAGGAUAGAUUUGGUGAAAUACUAUAUAUCAAAAGGUGCUAUUGUUGAUCAGCUGGGAGGAGAUUUAAAUUCUACCCCACUUCACUGGGCAACAAGACAGGGUCACUUAUCCAUGGUUGUGCAGCUGAUGAAAUAUGGGGCAGAUCCGUCGCUAAUUGAUGGAGAAGGAUGUAGCUGUAUUCAUUUGGCUGCCCAGUUUGGACAUACUUCGAUUGUUGCUUACCUGAUAGCAAAGGGACAGGAUGUAGAUAUGAUGGAUCAAAAUGGAAUGACACCUCUAAUGUGGGCAGCUUACAGAACACACAGUGUGGAUCCAACCCGAUUACUACUUACAUUUAAUGUUUCCGUUAAUCUUGGAGACAAAUAUCAUAAAAACACAGCAUUACACUGGGCUGUGCUAGCAGGAAAUACUACAGUCAUUAGUCUUCUGUUAGAAGCUGGAGCUAAUGUAGAUGCUCAGAAUAUCAAGGGAGAAUCACCACUUGAUCUAGCAAAACAGAGGAAAAAUGUUUGGAUGAUCAACCACUUACAGGAAGCAAGACAAGCAAAGGGAUAUGACAGUCCAUCCUUUCUCAGAAAGCUGAAAGCUGAUAAGGAAUUCCGUCAGAAGGUGAUGCUGGGAACUCCUUUCCUGGUUAUUUGGCUGAUUGGGUUUAUAGCAGACCUAGACAUUGAUUCUUGGCUCAUUAAAGGGCUGAUGUAUGGUGGCGUUUGGGCUAUGGUGCAGUUUCUUUCCAAGUCGUUCUUUGAUCAUUCCAUGCACAGUGCAUUGCCUCUUGGAAUAUACUUGGCAACGAAAUUCUGGAUGUAUGUGACAUGGUUCUUCUGGUUUUGGAAUGAUCUCAAUUUUUUCUUUAUACAUCUUCCAUUCCUUGCUAAUAGUGUCGCACUUUUCUACAAUUUUGGGAAAUCCUGGAAAUCUGAUCCGGGAAUCAUCAAAGCCACAGAAGAACAAAAGAAAAAGACGAUAGUAGAACUUGCAGAGACAGGAAGUCUGGACCUCAGUAUAUUCUGCAGUACCUGUUUGAUACGGAAGCCGGUGAGGUCCAAACAUUGUGGUGUAUGCAAUCGAUGUAUAGCAAAGUUCGAUCACCACUGCCCAUGGGUGGGUAACUGUGUAGGAGCAGGGAACCAUCGCUAUUUUAUGGGGUACCUGUUCUUCCUGCUUUUUAUGAUCUGCUGGAUGAUUUAUGGAUGCAUCUCUUACUGGGGUUUCCACUGUGAGACAAGUUAUGCAAAAGAUGGAUUUUGGACCUAUAUUACACAGAUUGCUACCUGUUCUCCUUGGAUGUUUUGGAUGUUUUUGAACAGUGUUUUUCACUUCAUGUGGGUGGCUGUGUUACUCAUGUGUCAGAUGUAUCAGAUAUCUUGUUUAGGUAUCACUACAAAUGAAAGGAUGAAUGCAAGACGAUACAAGCACUUUAAAGUUACAACCACAUCUAUUGAAAGCCCAUUCAACCAUGGAUGUAUAAGGAAUAUUAUAGACUUCUUUGAAUUCAGAUGCUGUGGUCUUUUUCGUCCUGUUAUCGUGGACUGGACAAGGCAGUACACAAUAGAAUAUGACCAAACUUCAGGAUCAGGCUACCAGCUAGUGUAGCACCACGUUCAUCCUGUGAGCAUAUCAUAUCUGAGUGGUGCCUGAAAAAUUUUUUCUCUCUCUCUCUCUCUCUCUCUCGAAUCCACAUCCCUUGAAGAGUAGCAUGCUAUGUGUAGGGCUGAUGAUGAAUCUUAAGGUACCUUCUCUUCAUCAGAAUUUUAUUAACAAAAGUAAAAAUGGACAGAAUAAACUGCCAAACCUGAUAAGGAAGAGGAGGAAGAUCAAAAAGGGAUUUUAACAGUUCUUAACAUGAGAAUUAUUCACAACAGCAUAUUCACAGUACUUGUUGUUGGGUUUUUUUAUUUAAGAUCUUUCACAAUGGAGCAUGAGACUAUUGAAGUAUUGACCUAAGUAGUUAUGUUGUGCUGAGCAGGAAUAUUCAUUGCCCAGUACAGAUAAUUCCACUGGAACAAGAAUCCAGAUUAAAAAAACCUCUAAAUUUCAUGAUGCAAAGCUUACUAAGAUUGCUACGUUGUAGUUCCUGUAAUGUGACUUUUUAAUACAGGUUUUCUAUAGUGUUAUGUACAUUGAAAAAUGUGCAUUCCAAUACUGUGAUAAAAAUCAUGUGGUGGGAAUCCCUUGUAAUGUGUUUAAGUUAUUGCAGUAGAGCACGUCAGAUAACGUUAACAAAAAGUAUGUUGCCUACGUUUUUCAGUGAUUGUUAUUGCUACCAGUUCCUGGUACAAUUAAAUACUUGUAAUAACCCUGUUCUGAGAUUAUAUAGUCUGAAAAUAAACAGUUGUGCAAAUAAGGAAAGCUCUUCUGUCAAAGUUAAAGCCCUGCUUAAAUGCAUGAUACACCUUUAAAACUAGAUUACAGUAUAUAGUAUUCAGCAAAAAAAAAGUGGAAGGAGUUUAUCUUUGAAGUGGUUGUAUAAACAACUUUUAAAAUAGUAAUGUUUCAAUAUUAGGUUUCACCCCCAUGCAAUACUGUGUAGUGUAAUCAGAAACAUGUUCAAAGAGAAGUGGCAUAAGGAGAGCCAAGGAUGUGACUACAAAAGUCUCAAUUAUAAAAAGACAAGAUAUAAGGGUUUUAAAAUCAAUGUGACUACAGAAGAAGAACCUAAAGCGGUCUGAAAUACUUUGUUGCAUGUAAAUUAGUGGAAAACAAUCUUAAAUUUAAAAAGUACGAUCCCAAUAAUAGCAUGUACAAAAAGAAAAUCUGAUGCAACAAUCUGAGGAAGAUGGUGUAUCAGCAAGUGGAAAUCACCCUUAUUUUUAUUUUUGUUAAGUUCUCAUGCUACAAAUAUGUUUGGAAGGUAAGGAAUGAUCUGAAAUUGCAUUCCAAAUGGGCUUUUUAUGAAUGUGAUGCACUGAUUUUUGUUAUGGUGUUUUCAUAUACUCAUAGUGAACUAUUCACUGCUUCCUUAACUAUUGUUUACAGAGAGACUGAGAAUCAGGUUAGUUCUCUUCUAAGUGCUGUAGCAACCUAGUGGUUCGAGAAACCUGUGAGGGGAGUUUGGGGAGGGGACCUGAAAGCAGAUGACUGAGACCAGUGUAAAGAAUGUGUAUCUGUAUAUAAAUAAUUUAUCAAAUAGUUUUCUCUUUGUGAGUGUGUGUUUAGUAUAUUUAAAGCUGCUCAUUUCAUUUUAUUCAACCAAAAAGUGUAGGAAGAUAUCUAAUGAGCUUUUAGUGAUGUUCAAUAUUGCUGUUAAUAGACAUUAUACCCUGCAAAUUCACUGCAUGUUUGAUGCUUGGCAAAAUUAGCGUUUUCUGUAAUAUGCAGAUUACAGGUAAUAAAACAAUCUAGUGGUAUUCCCGCCCCUUGCCUUAGUAAGAGGAGCAGUGAAACUGUAAAUAGUUGAUGUUCAGUAUUUGCAAGUAAAACAUUUUUUUCUGUAGUUGUUCCUUGAUCUCAAGACACGUGCUUAGUUUGCAGGUACCAGAUAUCAGGAUUUACGGAAGUGCAACGUUAGAGUACUUGAAUGUUUAAUACUGGAAAAAUCAACAUCUUGGACACAGUUUUAAUGGGAGAGAUUUGGGUGUAGGGGUGGCAAGAAGCUUUUGCUAUUUUUGUCAGACAAAAUUUGUAAUCCCAAUGAUGACACAUUUUACUUCAGUGAAAAGAGUUGUCACCAGUCAUUCGUAUUUUUUAUAAUCUGAGAAAGCAUGAAGACUUUACAACGUUGUUUAUUUUAAUUAGCAGUAAUGUUCUACAUUUUCUUCCUUUUUUCUUCUCUUCACAUUUCUGUUGGGGGUCGGUUGACAUAAAGAACGUCAGUCCACUUUAUUAAAUGUAUCAUAGCACCAGAAGAGCAGCAGUUCAGUGUGUAAUACGAGUUCUGGGUUAAAUUGCACAAUUGCAUUCACUACCAUGAAUUGUGUCAUGCAGUCCGCAUAACAAAUGUUUGCAAAGAGGAGGUGAUCUUUGGUAAUAAGAGACAAAUUCUGCACUGUUUAGUUGCUAAUAGCAAAACUGUCACCAGAGAGCUAAGACCUGCAGAAUUUGAGCAAUAGUAAAAACAAUGGUUGUUAAUCUUAACUUGCAUAUAUGGAUUUGGGGUGUUUAAACAGUUUCCAGUGCAAAAUGUAACUUGUCUUGAGUAAUAUUGAAUCUUUUGAUGUGAAAUCAUCAAAACAAGGUUUGGGGGGCGGAAGCCAACUAUGCAGCGUUUUUCUGUCCAGUUAUCAAACAUACAAUUCACUUAUUGUACCAAAACUGCAUUGCUUCUGAAGAUUAAGCUGAUCCAGACUAAGAACACAUCAGCUCAAGUUAAUCUGAUAUUGGUAGAAUUAAUGGGAAUUUUGUCUUGGCCCUAAACAUGUGCUGUUUCUUUGCAGGUUUCUAUAUUCUUUGAUGUCCACCAGUUUUUUUAGUUAAUAUGCAUAAAACAGCAUCACUACAUUUUAAGCUAUGGAUUUUUUGUAUAUUCUUUAUUUAUAACUGUGCCAAGUAUUAUUUUAAUACCGUCGAGAUCUUGAUGUAUUACAUUGUGAACAAAAAUAUCUGUAAAUGUUUAAUAAAUUAGCUCUCCUUACAUAAAUUAAAUCUGUUAAAUUUUGUAAGUUAUUAAUCAAAUAAAUAUUGACUCUUA